ACUAAUUCUAAAAAAUGUGUAUUUCGCAAUAAAAAAUAAUUUUAAAAAAAUUAUCACAGGAAGUCAAAAGGCGAUCUACCUGUAAGCAUCAAGCAUUGGUGAGGGGUUUUUGUCAGUAGAGGAAUACUAGCAGGUCAAGAUUAAUACAGUGAGAGUUAUGCCAGGAGCAGCCAGCAAGAGGAUUUCACAGGUGAGAGGAUUGGCAGGAAAGUAUUGAGUGUGAUGAGAGUUCAGGAGGGCUUCUGCUUGGGUACAAGAUGGUUAGGGGGUAUCCCAUGACAAUUUUUUUGGUAGCCUUAACUAAAAGGACAGUGGCAGGAAUGGCUCUGAGACAAGGGGGGGUAUCUUUGUGCCACAGGGUCUAGCUGCUGGCUAUAGAACCCCGUGGGGCACUGCGAUCUCCAUACUUGUGGGUGAGCGCCAGGGAGAGGCCCUGAGCGGAAAGCGCAAGGGCCAGCCCGGCGCUCUGCCCGCCCCUUCCGGCGUCGCCACUUCCGGCGUCGCCGCCGGUAAGUGUGAGGGUCUUGGACCUGGGAAGGCACAACCCUGAAUUGCAUAUCCCACAGACAUGGAGCAGGACGACCCGGGCGAGGCGCUGACGGAGCUACGUGAGCGGCGACUGGGCGCGCUGGAGCUGCUGCAGGUGGCAGCAGGCUCGGGUCUGGCCGCCUACGCCGUGUGGGCGUUGAUACUGCAGCCAGGCUUUCGCCGGGUGCCGCUGCGGCUGCAGGUACCCUAUGUUGGGGCGAGCGUGCGGCAGGUGGAGCACGUGUUGUCGCUGCUUAGAGGCCGUUCUGGAAAGCUGGUGGACCUGGGCUCUGGCGACGGCAGGAUUGUGCUGGCUGCCCACAGGUGCGGUCUACGCCCAGCCGUGGGCUACGAGCUGAACCCAUGGCUGGUGGGGCUGGCUCGGCUGCAUGCCUGGAGGGCAGGUUGUGCCGGCUGUGUCAGCUACCACCGCGAGGACCUCUGGAAGGUGAGCCUGAGGGACUGCCACAAUGUAUCUGUGUUCCUGGCCCCCAGUGUGCUCCCACUGCUGGAGAGCAAACUGCAGGCGGAGCUGCCUGAAGGGGCCCGUGUGGUGUCGGGGCGCUUCCCCCUCCCCACCUGGCAGCCUGUAGCUGUGGUGGGUGAGGGCCUGGACCGCGUCUGGGCCUAUGACAUGCAUAACGGCGGGCCAGCUGGGCAGGCUGCCUCAGCACCCAGUUCUACCUCGGUCCCUAGGGCCCCUGAUCCUCAGGCUGGCUGAUCAUGUGAACACAAUAAAGACUCAGUGAGCUUCA